CGCCGCUCACCUUUCCCUGACAUAAUCGAGUCAGGUCCUUUCUCACAGUUACCUUCAAUUCCAACCGGAAGUCUUCCGUUAAUUUAUAUAUUCUCAAAUACAGAUCUUAAACGCUCGAUCCCGGCGCAUUACCUCGUAAACAAUGGCCAAUUAUCUCGCCUCCAUCUUCGGUACGGAACAGGACAAGGUCAACUGCUCAUUCUAUUAUAAGAUUGGCGCAUGCAGACACGGCGACCGGUGUUCUCGGAAGCAUGUCAAGCCUUCAUACUCGCAGACGAUCCUGAUGCCAAACAUGUACCAGAACCCGGCAUACGACCCAAAGAACAAGAUGAACCCCAGCCAGCUCCAGAACCACUUCGAUGCCUUCUACGAAGAUGUAUGGUGUGAGAUGUGCAAGUACGGAGAGAUCGAGGAACUGGUAGUGUGUGACAACAAUAAUGAUCACCUGAUCGGCAACGUCUACGCCCGAUUCAAGUACGAAGAAGAUGCGCAAAAGGCCUGCGACGCGUUGAAUUCCCGCUGGUAUGCAGCGCGACCGAUAUAUUGUGAACUAUCGCCGGUCACAGAUUUCCGAGAAGCCUGUUGUCGAUUAAAUAGUGGCGAAGGUUGUGUGCGUGGCGGAUUCUGCAAUUUCAUCCACCGAAAGGACCCCAGCAAUGAGCUCGACCGUGAACUGCGCCUGAGCACGAAGAAAUGGCUGAAGGAGCGCGGCAGGGACGCCCGCAGUGUCAGUCGCAGCCCCAGUCCGGAGCCGACGAGGCGGAGAUAUUAGGUGUGGAUUUGCUUUUUGUGUUCUGCAUGUGGCGUUGGGGGAAUUGACCUCUGUCAACUGUAAUGUUUCUUAUACUGUUAUGAUAUCAAGCCCUGGUUGCGAGAUUUAUGGCAUUCAAAUUGUCUUCGGUUGAAGCUUUUAUACCUGUAGAGUACCUUAAAACAAUAACGACG